AUGGCCGUCACACCAUCCCAGGCAGUACUCUUCACCUGGAUUGCCGCGAUAGCCCCCUCGCUCUCGGACUGGGUGGUCGGCUUCGCUGCUGGGCGCUCCGCGCUGGCAGCCCCAGGCCGCGCGGCGGUCGUCGGCUGGGUGGCGCCCGAGCCGCCGGGCCUGCCCUCGCUGGGUCCCUCGGUGCGGCUCGCGCCCGACUGUGCCGCGGCGUUCGAGGUCCUCUGGCCGUGCGUGGGACGCCUCGCGGUCUCGGCCGACCUCGCUCUCGCCGGGCGCCUGGGGUUCGGGGACCUCGAGGAGCUCUUCGUGCUGUACUUGAGCCGCUGUGCUGCGUGGCCCGACUCGGCGCAGCUCCGGGCGAUCCGCAGCGGAGCAAGACUGGCAGUCGGGGACGCAGCUGCUCGCGUGUACCCUCUGACGACGGGUCAGUCGUCGAGGUCUCUGCCGUACUACGUGGCGGAGGUUGUGCCGCUCGCAAUGUUCCUGGCGGACGGCGUAUUGCACGGGCUGAUCGUGGAGGCCCGCAUCGAGGUGGCGCCCUUGCAGGAGUCUGAGCCCGAUCGCCACGCGCCAGCAGGCCCGUCACACUGCCUGUCGGUGGAUGGCCGCCAGCGCUCGCCCCGUCGCCGCCGUCCCCAGGGCGAGCAGGUGAGGCUCGCCGGCAAGGAUAGCAACCCACCUGUCGCCGACGCGGGUGCGGGAGCCGCCGAGUCACCUGGCGGCGCCGGGUACGCGGGCGGCAGCAUGCUGGCCGCCGACGGCGAGCGUCAUCGCUGGCUGGCCAGCAAACCUGGUCGGAUCGGGGAGUUGGGAAUCCCUGUGCUGCACGCAUACGUCAUGAUCGGGCUGGGUGACCGCAGCGCCGCCGACAUCGACGGCGAGACAAUGCUGAUGCGGAGCGCUUCUGGGACCAACGUGGCCGACUACGCGACCAUGAAGACCUCGGCCUACGAGGUGGCGGUUCACUACGUCGGCGGCGCGCCCAUCUGCUUCGGGCGGCGUGUUGAGAUCGUGCCGAGCCGCGCGCCUUCCCACGGCGAUGGAUCCGAGCCGACCGCCCCUGCAGACGCCGCCGAGCCGAGCGAUGUUCGCACUUCGUGGGAGGACACUGACGCCAUGAACGACCCGCUCAAGUCAUGGCGUAAUGAGGUCAUGGAGAGCUACCCCACUGUGUGGGCCGACAGCCUCUGCUCGAUGUUUUAUCCCAGUCACUCUGAUCGGCAUGGCGACAUCGUCAGGAGGUGCCUUGACCUCUGGUCUCGCUCGAAGAUUCUCUGGCCGCACGAGCAGGUCAUAUACGAGAGCUCCGUCCCCUACGAGGUCAUCUACGAGGGGGGCUCCUACGACCAGCUCAACAAGCCGUCGCUGUUCAUCUUCGAGUGCAUAGCGCGCCGCCUCCAGAGUAGUGUGGACGUGUACUCGGGCGACUCCUCUUGGCCGCAGUGGGCCAGCGCAGGGCUUCACUCCAGCGUGGGUUUUGCGGUGGUCAUGGUCGCGCCCGAGCUGGAGCACUACGUGGCCAUGACGGCCGUGGACGAGGCCGAGGUCGAGUCCAUGCGGGUGCAGGCCCGCAUCCUUUUGAUCUCUGCCGACGCCGCCGCUGCUGGCGGACCCCCUGUCGCUGGACGCAGUACACCUGUCGCCGCCAUCUUCCCUUUGCCCGACGACUCCAGCCUCGUCGCGGAUUUCUGGAUCCACCUUCAGGGGCGUGCCCAGCGCCGGUUCGUGAGGGAUUGGCGGGAGUGUGUGCGCUCAUUAAAUUGGUUGUGGGGUGCUGGUCAUCGUGAGGUCGCCCGACGGGCUCGCGGCGACGUCCAUCCAUACCGUUUUCAACUUCAACGUGAGGUGCUGGUGCGAGUCGCCCAGGGGGUCCAGACGUAUCUGGACCCACCCUCCGACCUUUCUCCGAAGGAGGCCUUUCAGGGGCUACUUCGAGGCCGCGGGGUCUACGACACCGAGACGGCCUACACUACCCUGGCACCCUACCAACGGGGCGCGGUUUCUCUUCCUUGUGACGUCUCGACGGCCCCGGCCGUGGGAACCUUGGUCACGGGGCGCGCCCUCGAGUAUCUGGUAGAGGCAGAGGAGCAGAUGAUCAGGGCCGAUGCUGAGGUCCAGCUUGACCGUGUGACGAAUGGCGAAAUCAAGAUCUACACCGACCCGCUGCUCGCCAAUAGUCGCCGACGGUACUCCACCUUCGUGAAGGAUCUGAAGCGGAAAGGCUUGGUGGGCGUCACCCGCGAUCCCAAGGAGUUCGUGGGUGUUUUCUUCGUCUGGAAGAAGGAGCGCGCCUCCAUGAGGAUGGUGCUCGACGGUCGCCGCUCCAAUCAACGUUUCGUGACCCCUCCUGGGGUCGAGCUGCUGUCGACCGAAGGGCUUGGUCGGAUCGAGUGCGACACGGAGCAGACCGGCACAUUGCCCAUCUUCCUGGGCAAAGCUGACGUGAAGGAUUGCUUCCACCGCAUGAUGUUCGGCAACCACCUCUCCAAGUACUUCUGCUACCCGGGCGGCAUGGCCAAGGAGUUUGGCAUCGUCGGGCAGCUGGUGGAGGGGGUGCCUGCUCGCGCUGACGAUUACCUCUGGCCAUGCGCCCUCGCGUUGCCCAUGGGCUGGACGUGGUCGCUCUAUUUCGCUCAGGUGGCCAACCUCGGCCUGGUGGAACGGGUCCCCGCGGUGGCGUCGAGUUGCGUGGCCACCGAUCGAGGGCCCCCCAUCGUGCUGUCUCCGACCUCCUCCUGGCACUACGUAUACGUCGACAACGUUGGGCUCAUGUCGCUCGAUGCCUCCUACGUCAAGGGGGCUCUGGCGGACACCAUCGCGGCCUUCGACGCCGCGGGCCUCGUCAUGCAUGACAUCUCGGUGGACUCCGACACCGCCGAGGCGCUGGGAGUGACGCUCGAUGGCCAGAAACACCAGACCCUCGUCAACCACCGACGCUACUGGAAGGUGAGACUCGGCCUGCGGUGGGCCCUCUCGUUGCGGCGCCUGGCAGGGCGAGAGCUCGAAGUAUUGCUUGGCCACUGUACAUUCGUUGGUUUGAUGUGCCGGGAGACCCUGUCCGUGUGGUACACCGUCUACAACUUCAUCCGUGAGCGGUACUGGGCCAAGAGCGACAUGUGGGAGUCCGCACGUCAGGAGCUCGAGUGCUUCCUCGGGCUGAUGCCGCUCCUUCGGUCUGAGUGGGAUCGGCCGUGGCUCACGCAAGUACUGUCCGUGGACGCCAGCCCGUACGGCUGGGGGAUAGCCAGCUCCGAGUUCGGAGUGUCGAUGGUGAAAAAACAGGGCAGGAUUCUUGAGCGAUCUCGUUUCCGUCGACUCGGAGGGUUGCCGGCUCGGGCCAGUGCCCUCGCCGCCGCGGGGUUCGUCUACUCACCCACCACCGAUCGCUGGCAGGUCGACGAUGAGAAAGAGCGUGACCCUUCGGACGUUCGGGAAGCUGGAGCUUGGGAGAUGCGUGAGGAUUUCCCUGAGAUUCCUGGGGGCCUCCUCCACGGGGAUCGGUGGCGCUUGAUUUUGCAUGGUAAGUGGGCCUACUCCGAGGAUAUCCUGAUUCUCGAGGCCCGCGUCCUGGUCAAAGCUAUCAGACGAAUCGCGGCCUACGCGUUGGGCCGGGGGGCUCGAUUUGGGUUCAGGUGGCAUCCCUCAGAGCUCAACAGUAGCGACGCCGGUUCCCGUAUCUACGACCCCAACUACGACUCCACGAAGGAUCUCACUCGCCUGCCUGCGGAUCCACCUCGGUCCGUCGACGUGCCGGCUCAAGUUCCCGAAUCGCUCGAGAACCCAGAUUCUUUUGCCUGCACCGUAUUCCACGACUGCCAUGAUGCGGACCCGCAGCCUGGAGGCGCCGAGCCAAACCAUCGCUGGCCAGAGGAGCUAGCUCACGACGGUCGGAGCGCGUCCGAUGACGACUUCCUGUCCGCCUUCAGCGACCACGGGGCUAACGACGACGCCUACUUGGCUGCGACCGGAGACACGCUCGAUGCUGGAUACUGGGAAGGUGCCCCCAACCAGAGGAUGGAGAGGAGUCUCGACGGCAAGACGCCCGCUCUCCUGCUGGUUCGGUGGACCGUCGCGGUGGAGUUCGCGAGGCGGGACGAGCUUGUCAUGGGUGUCGCCGUGAUGAACGGAGUCAGCUGCUACCUCAGGCCAGGGCUCCUCAACCUUACCUCGGCCAACCUGGUGGCCCCGGGAUCGCUGGUGUCGCAGUACUGGAGCCUCCUUUUGCAUCCUUCAGAGAGGGAAAAGAGGAGCCAGGUCGGCGAUGCGGACGAUUCGCUGAUCAUCGUCUCGGCCCACAUGCUGCCGUGGGGUCACGUUUUCCUCCAGGCCUUGAAGGAGAAGGGCGGCCCGCUGUCGUCCUUCGAUUGUUUCACCUUCUGGGCGAAGUUGAAGACUGUCGCCGAGAUGUUGGGCUUGUUGCACCUUGUACCGUGCCUGAUGAGACAUUCGUGGACGUGGAUAGAUCGCCUCAAGCCAGAUCGCAGCCAGGAGGGGAGUCAGAGGCUCGGAAGGUGGAAGCGCUGGAAGAGUCUCACACGCUACAAGAGCGCCCGCCUCGGAAGCUUCUGGAACGAGCUCGCUGCCGAGAUGCCAGCACACGUGUUUUUGUGCAAGGACCAGUUCGCCACCGCCCGUCCGCGGCUAGUUAAGGACGGCGCCUACAUGGCCGACCUGUUCUCUGGCUCAGGCAAAGUUGGUCGAGCGGUCACUCGGCUGGGGUUCUCAGCUAAGGCCUGGGACAUCAUCCACGGGCCCAACCAUGACCUCACAGACCCAGCGGUGCUCCGCCUACUGUUUUCGGACAUCCGUGACGGCAAGAUCUUCGCCGCCAUGAUCGCUCUCCCCUGCACCUCGCUGACCAUCGCUGGAGACAG